AUGGAGGACUGGAAUGGAAGACCUCCAGGGGCCGCCGGCCCGAGUUCUAGACAGUAUUCGUAUUGGGAUGGUCAACGGGCGCCGAGUCUGGGGUUUAAACAGCGGAUAAAGCAUUUUACUUGGACAUGGUUUGCGAUGACCAUGGCAACUGGCGGUCUUGCGAAUAUGAUACAUUCUAUCCCCCUUCGAUUCCCAGGGCUGUAUGAAAUCGGAUGCUUCUUUUUUCUAUUCAAUAUAGUUCUGUUCGCUUUCAACAUCGCAAUGAUAUCCACUCGAUUUUACCUAUAUCCUGUCACAUUCAGGGCUUCGUUUAUACAUCCUACCGAAUCCCUUUUCGCGCCGGCUGCUAUCAUAAGUUUCGGGACUAUCUUGAUCAACAUCACACAAUAUGGGACACGGAGUACGGUCGACAGGGGACAUGGGCUUCAAGUGGAUACAUGGUUGACAGAAGCAAUGAUGGUACUCUUCUGGAUUUAUUGUGCGUUAGCGAUAAUCUUCUCGUGUGGCAUUUAUUUGGUCAUGUGGUCCACCCAAACCUUUACCAUAUCCCGUAUGACACCUACUUGGAUCUUUCCUGCGUAUCCACUGCUUCUUGCUGGACCGUACGCUGGCAAUCUCGCUGGCAAACUCCCGAACCAUCGGGCGCUUCAGGUGAUUAUUGGGGGUUACGUCCUACAGGCAACAGGUUUCAUGGUGGCAUUCAUGAUCUAUGCUUCAUUCAUCUAUCGCCUGAUGACAGAAAAGCUGCCUAGGGAAUCAGUCCGACCCGGGAUGUUCAUAUCAGUCGGCCCUUCUGGCUUCACCAUCAACGGCAUAAUGAACAUGGGCAAUCUACUUCCUGCUAUCUUAGAGUCACACGAAGAGUUCAUGGGAAUAGAUGGAAAAUUAGCUGGGGCGAUAUCCAUGGUCAUCGCUAACUGGACUGGAAUCUGGAUGUGGGGACUGGCUCUCUGGUUCUUUCUUAUUUCCAUCGGAGCACACUAUAGCAGUGCCGCCAAAGGACAUAUGGAGUUUGCGAUGACGUGGUAUUCCUUCGUCUUCCCGAACACCGCACUUGUGUCCGCGACGUUUACCGUGGCAAAGGUAUUAGGCCCAAGUCGCCCGAUCCAAAUCUUCGGAUGCGUGCUUGCAUGCAUGGUUCUCCUUACCUGGGCCUUCGUGUUCUGUAUGACGAUCCGCGCCGUCAUCACUCGUCAGGUUCUGUGGCCUCAGAUGCAGGAGGACCGUGAUGAAGGUGGUUUUGCUCGCGGUCGGGUUGAGGAAGAGACGAUGACUGCCGUCCGAGCCGCUGCAGCGCUCGAGGGUAGGCCCGGCACCCUGUCAAGCAACGGUAAUUCAGACAUACGAGACGGUGUCAGGCGGCGUAGGGCUGGUACCUUGGAGAGGAUGCUACGUGACAAGGAGGAGGAAGAAGUGGUGGGUAGAAUGAGCACGGAUAGGGCCCCCAGAAGCCGCGUGGACGAGGAAGCCAAUGCGAUAGUUCGAGCUUAUUCGAACCUAUCUUCGGUGUGA